AUCUCAGGCCAUUCCACCAUUUUUGUAUUUUUUUUUUCUUUUUCCCAAGAAUCGUAUCUUUAACUUCUUGGAGUUCCUCUUCAAUAUUUCUAAAAAUUUUAUGCGAACGCAGGACGAUAUGGAGGCGACUGAGGCAGAGUACAACUCCCUCAGCAAGAGAGAGAAAGGGAAAGGAGGAUUUAGAGCUUGCUCGUUUGUUUUUGUGAUGGUGGCACUUGAAAACAUGGGUUUCAUAGCAAACAUGGUUAGCUUGGUUCUUUAUUUUCUCGGCGUGAUGUUCUUCGAUACAGCUAGCUCCUCGAACACUCUCACCAACUUAAUGGGAGCUACGUUCUUGCUCACCGUUGUUGGUGGCUUCAUUUCUGAUACUUACUUGAGCAGACUUACCACUGUUCUGAUUUUUGGAGUAAUUGAGAUUCUGGCUUUGAUAAUGAUGACAAUUCAAGCUCAUGCAAAGAGUCUGCAGCCAACAUACUGUGGCCCUGGGAGGUCAAGUUGUGUGGAGGGUAAAACAGCUGUUAUGCUCUAUGCCUCACUUGCUCUGCUAGCUUUGGGUUCAGGUGGUGUGAGGGGAGUUCUUCCUUCACUUGGUGCAGAUCAGUUUGAUCAGAAUGAUCCAGAAGAAGCUAAGGCUCUGGCUACCUACUUCAAUUGGAUUAUACUUAGCACGGUGCUUGGGGCAACUAUAGGCGUCACAGGCAUUGUUUGGGUUAGCGUCAAUGAUGCUUGGUACAAGGGGUUCAUGAUAUCAACCAUAGCAACCUUUGUUGGUUUUGCUGUUCUUCUACUGGGGAAGCCUUUCUACCACCAACGAAAACCCGGAGAGAGCCCCUUCAUAAGAAUCGCACAGGUUAUUGUUUUAGUAUUUAAAAACCGGCGAUUAUCACUACCGGCCAGACCUGAUGAACUAUAUGAGAUCAGUGAGAAAGAUACAAUUUCUCUAGAGGGAAAAAUUGCACAUACUGACCAAUUCAGAUUCCUAGACAAAGCCGCCAUUGUUCCUAAAGACCUGAACAUUGCACCAUGGAGAGUAUGCACUGUGACCCAAGUUGAAGAAGUGAAGAUCCUAACAAGAAUGUUGCCUAUAUUAUUCAGCACUAUGAUAAUGAACACAUGUUUAGCUCAACUUCAGACAUUCUCAGUACAACAGGGAUAUGAGAUGGACAAGAAUCUCGGAAAGCUCAAAGUUCCUGCACCUUCAGUUCCUGUAAUUCCACUACUUUUCAUGGUCAUACUCAUUCCUGCUUACGAGUUCCUUUUCGUUCCUUUUGCUCGAAAGAUCACAGGUCACCCAUCAGGCAUCACGCAACUCCAACGCGUAGGAGUUGGUCUUGUUCUAUCUGCCAUAUCAAUGGCUGUAGCAGGUAUCGUUGAGGUGAAACGAAGGGACCAAAUGCAUAAAGACCCAGCACAUCCCAUAAGUCUUUUUUGGCUUUCCUUCCAAUAUGGGAUUUUUGGAAUAGCAGACAUGUUUACACUUGUUGGGUUAAUGGAAUUUUUCUACAAGGAAGCACCUUCAGGGAUGAAAUCUCUGUCAACUUCAUUUACAUUUCUAUCUUUAUCUUUUGGCUACUUCUUGAGUUCUGUUUUCGUUAGCAUCAUUAACAAGGUUACUGAAAGAGUUACUCCCAGCAAAAAAGGAUGGUUACAUGGUGAAGGUAUAGAUGAUAAUAAUUUAAAUCUUUUCUACUGGUUCUUAGCCGUCCUCAGCUGCAUCAACUUUGUAAACUAUCUUUUUUGGGCCUCAUGGUACAAGUACAAGGUAGACGAUGUAGAUUGUAUUAAGCCUGAUUUAAUAAGGAGUACAGAUGGUUUGCUUCUUACCAAGGUGGAGAAUACUCCUGAUCUGAGUGUGGUUAAGGCUGAGGUAGAAGAGAAUACAAAAGAGAAAGUGGUGGAAACAAGUGAAGCUGAAGCUCCGUCUUCUGAUCUGCAGCCUAAGGAUGAUAAAGAAAACCAACAAACCCAUGAGCAAGAGACUCGAUCUGGCAACUAGGUUGCUAAAGCAGCUGAUUUCUUUCUUUCUUUCUUUUUAAAUUCCCUUUGGUCAGCUGUUGUGUUUUCGCCAGAUUAAUGUUUCCUUCUCAUUAACUCCUGUGAAUCUGAUGUCCGGAGGCUUUUUUUGUUUUUUUGUUUU